ACAUACCUUUAACUAAAAGGAGUAUUAACUGGAAGAUUUGUAUCAAAUAAUUGUCGCUGUGUGUGAAAACAUGGUAAAAAAUACAUUGAUUUGCAGUGAAAAUAAAUGUUUCGCGAACCAAGACAAAGCCUUCAGAGAUGAAGAAGCGAGUAUCAAACAAAUACGCAACACUUUCGGAGCAGAAGAAGAAUGUUACACAAAUACUCACAUCAGAAAUGAUAGUUGCGUGAGCGAGAAUCGACUCAAAAACUUAGAAGGAGUGAGAGAACUACUCGCCUAUAAACGACAACGACUCCUUUCGAUGGAUUCGUUUGAAUCAAACGUUUCGAUUAGCUCAAAAUCGAAACGACUCGUAACGAAAGACGGUUUUGUCGAUAUAAAAUACGUAAAUAUUCCUGGAUUAAACUCGCGAUAUUUAAAGGACAUCUUUCAUACACUGAUGGAUUUAAAAUGGCGUUACAUCAGCCUCAUGUUUACACUCAGUUUUCUUAUUUCUUGGGUAAUUUUUGGAACAGUUUGGUAUAUAAUAUUUUACAUUCAUGACAAUCAGACUUGUAUUGACAAUGUUGACUCAUGGGUCAGUGCGUUUUUAUUUUCCAUAGAAACACAAACCACAAUCGGUUACGGUGGCCGUGCAGUUACACCGAACUGUCCCGAAGGUGUUCUACUUCUGGUCAUUCAGACUAUCAUCGGCAUGUUUAUUAACUGUGCUAUGCUUGGACUUUUAUUCGCAAAAUUAUCACGACCCAAAAAUCGCGGCAAGACGACAAUGUUUUCAAAACGUGCCGUCAUAACCCUUCGCGACGGUAAUUUAUGUAUGAUGUUCCGCUACGUGGAUUUGCGACACCGCCGUCUUCUGGAUACAAAUAUGCGUGCUGUUAUUAUCCGACCCAAACUCACAGAAGAAGGUGAGUUUAUACCUAUCGAUAUGGCCGACCUGAAAUUGACGAUCGAUCUUCAACAAUUCGAAUAUACGAUGAGAUUAUUUCCGCUAUUCCCUAUCACUGUCAUCCAUGUGAUUGAUGAAAACAGCCCGUUUUACAGCAUGUCUAAAGUUCAACUUGAUCAAUCUGAGUUUGAGGUUAUUCCGAUUCUAGAAGGAACCGUUCCAACAACGGGUAACUCUACUCAAGCUCUUACUUCCUACCGGCCAACGGAAAUCUUAUGGGGACACCGGUUUAAACCUGUAUUUACUGGAAUUCACAUUGGACAGAAUAUAAACCGGAUUGAUUUAAGCACAUUACAUGAUACAUAUAAAGAGUUGAACACGCCGGAUUGUUCUGCGGAAAUCUUUGAGAAAACCAGGUAUUUGGACGAUUGUUCAAGCGUAUCUGAGUCGCAUGGUUACCAGAGCGGUCCCUCAUCAACUCUGUCAGUAAACGAACGAGUUUUAAGACGUUUUUCAAGUAACCCAAUGGAUGUAUGCAUAGACAUGCCAACAGAAAUUAUUCAAGAGUUUCCUGUUUUGAAGGAGACAACGACUUAAAAAUAUUUCACGUGUUUUAUAUGUUGUGAAAACGAAGACAAACAGUUACCAAUGCUACAAAAAUUAAAAUGUCUGACCUAAUGAUAUUUAGCUUUCACAAUAAUUUCUAAAACUUGGUCACUUGGAAUCGUAGGUAUUCAUUAAAAAAUUUUUGUUCAGUUUUUGAAUUUAUAAGAAAUGUCUAUUUUAAAUUUUUGUCAUUUUAUUGUAUAAAAGGGAUGCUCAACAUUAUGUUUUAAACUUGAUAACAAAUAAAGCAGUUCAAUCUAAACGUGUACUAGCCUCGUUUUGACUAAGUUAACACAAUUGAAAAUAUUUAGAACUUUCUGUUGAGUUUCAGUCCAGAAAUGCAAAAACCGUAUAGUUCUUUAUUCGCAACAUACUCACUUUUUUUGUGGUGUUUUUACUAUUUUAUUCUGUGUAUUGAAAUAAACAUUUUAUCAACCA